CUUCUUUCGAGAAGCCGAACAUCUUUGCUUCAAUGUGUCUUCAUGCCGAUUUAUGUGGUUGUAAACAAUGCUGACAGCCGGGAAAUGUCUUGCUCGAAUUCUGGUAAUUAAAAGCCAUAACGAACGUUUCGAGUCACAGUUCCCAGGCAGCCACUUUGGAGGACUUUGCUACUUGACCACAAGCUUCACACCAGUCUUAAACAAGCAUUGCCGAUGGUUCCUAUAGUAAUCGAACAAACUGGCCGAGGAGAAAGAGCGUACGAUAUAUACUCAAGACUCUUGAAGGAAAGAAUAAUUUGUGUGAUGGGGCCAGUAACGGAUGACCUUUCUUCACUCGUUGUUGCACAGUUGCUUUUCUUACAAUCUGAAAGCAGUAAAAAGCCAAUUCACAUGUAUAUCAAUAGUCCUGGUGGAAGUGUGACAGCUGGUUUGGCUAUUUAUGAUACAAUGCAGUACAUAUUGCCACCCAUUGCAACAUGGUGUGUCGGACAGGCAUGCAGUAUGGCCAGCCUACUACUUGCUGCAGGUACUUGUGGAAUGAGGCAUUCUCUUCCCAAUGCACGAAUCAUGAUUCAUCAACCAUCUGGUGGAGUUCGGGGUCAAGCAACUGAUAUGCUUAUUCAUGUAGAAGAAAUUUUAAAAAUAAAGAAACAAAUCAAUAAACUCUAUGUGAAGCAUACAGGUCUUCCUAUUGAGAAAAUAGAGUUGAACAUGGAGAGAGACAAAUUUAUGUCACCAACUGAUGCCCAAGAAUUUGGCAUAAUUGACAAAAUUUUAGAUCAUCCACCAAAACCAGGGGAUCAAAGCACAAAUGAAAAAUCAGAAGACUGACAGCACACACAAAUUUAAUGUUGUUAUAUAUUUAUACAAUGAUUUUCUCAUGUUCUUUUGUAAAUAUAAUGAACAUUAGUUGUUUUCA